CUGACAUUGAACGUGUUGUGGUCAUUUGAGUUUGUGGUCUGUUAAUUUUGUGUUGUUGUUGCAUUCAGCCUGUAAUUAAUAGCAAGUGAUGUAGUUAGCGCCCCCAGAAUCCGAUAAUCUUCCUUGAUGUUAAAAAACAUGUGCGACUCAUGAUUUUUCUAACACCACCUAAGAUUUCUUCUUCAGCCAUGAAUUUGAAGACUUGGAGGUUGGAAGCGAUUUCUGUUGUCUUAGCCGUAUGUUACCUCGGUAGCACACACACCCUAAGCCUAGCCCCCUCAAUCCAACCAGAAGCCUACUUUAACGGAACCUCGUACUUGCGCCUCCAGACCACAAUCUCUCUGAAACGACAAACAGGCCUGAGCUUUCGGACAUGUUCAGGUGGCACUCUAUUCAAACAACAACAAAACGACGACUACUUCGAGCUGUACGUAAAUUCCGAAGGCGUCCUAUUUUCCGCGAAAACCGCAGGCCAGCAAUUCGGGGCGAAAAUCCAGGGCAAUUUCCUCAACAACAAGUGGCAUGUGGUGGUCCUACACUACGAACUGGGAAAUUUGACGCUGCGGGUGGACAACGAACGAAGGUUGAUUGCGAAUUCCACCUUCCAAAGCGAAUUGUUGACAAGCCCGGGCCUGUACAACGAGGGCGCCUCGGUGCUUUUGGUGGGUAAGCAGUUCAACGGGUGCAUUCUAGAGGGGCCGUCUCUGGUUUUCGACGAGUCUGUGAUUUUAUAUAAUUAUAAUGUGAGGUUCGAGAAGUGUCCAAUCCCGGACGAUAGUUGUAUACCCAAGGAAAAUCUUCAAGGAUAUGACUCAUGUACUAAUGAACCCUGUAUGCGUCGAGGCACCUGUCAUAACAGCCAAAACGGCUACACCUGCUCGUGUCUACCGCGCUACACUGGAAAAAACUGCGAGUUUGAGAUGAGCAAUCCGUGCGAUAAGAGCCCUCCGGUUUGUAAGAAUGGCGCCUCGUGCACUUUUGACAAUUCUGGGGAGUACACGUGUCGGUGUCCUCCGAAUUUCACCGGAAAGAACUGCGAGCAGGAGGUCAUAGUUCAUCCGCAAUGUCAACACAAUCCGUGUCAAAAUGGCGGCACUUGUACCUUUAAUGGUGAUAUAGAGUGUCUGUGUUUGCCGGGGUUCUUCGGACCGAGAUGCGAGUCGAACAUCGACGAGUGUAAACCGAAUCCUUGCAAAAAUGGGGGAGUUUGUCACGAUGGCUUGAAUAAUUUCACGUGCGAUUGCAGCAGGACUGGAUAUACAGGGCGUUUGUGUGAGGUGGAUAUCAACGAGUGUUCGAAGAGUCCGUGUUUGAACCACGGUACGUGCUUCAAUGUGUAUGGAGGGUACAUGUGCCAGUGUCCGCCGGGGUACGGAGGCUCGCAUUGCCAAAAUAGCCUGAACGAGUGCAUGUCGCAGCCCUGCCUCAACCACGGCCUGUGUAUCGACAACGUCGAAGGUUUCUUGUGCCGCUGCCCCCCGGGCUUUGGCGGCGAGCGGUGCGAGGCGGAAGACCGCCAGAUUCUGUGCGAUCCGAACAAGUGCCACCCCCAGGCCGACUGUGUCGAGUCUGGCAACACGUUCGGGUGUGUCUGUAAGCCAGAAUAUCCAGGUAGCUAUCCAAAUUGUUCGGUUGACGGUAUCUGUGUGAAUAAUCCUUGCAAAAACGGUGGGACGUGCACUCCGUGGAAUGGGUACUUCAAUUGUUCAUGUUUGGCAGGGUUCACAGGUAAGCAAUGCGAAACGAAAUCCGACAAUUGCAUUUCGCAGCCUUGCCUGAAUGGCGGCGCAUGCAUCGAACAACCCAACGGAAUCACCUGCAACUGCACGGAACAGUGGAUGGGCACGUUUUGCGAUAUCCCGUAUGACGCUUGCGAACUGGAGCCCUGCUUUAACAAUGCCUCGUGUAUAACGUCCCCAAACAAGCAUGACUUUACUUGCAACUGCCAGACGGGCUUCACGGGGACCCAUUGCGAGGUUAACAUUGACGAUUGCGUGGGGGUUAGGUGUCAGUCGGGGCAGGUUUGCGUCGAUUUGGUUAAUCAUUAUGAGUGCAGGUGCCCGGUGGGGUACACAGGAGACAACUGUACGCUGGACGCAGAUCCGUGCUCUAAGGAGCCUUGCCUGAAUGGCGGGAUUUGCGAAAUGAUGACGGAUCACACACACGGGUUUGUGUGUCUGUGCCCGAACAAUUUCACGGGUGACAGGUGUCAUAUGGAUGUUGACGAGUGUCAGGAUCGACCAGGGAUUUGUAAUGAGGGUAUUUGUCAGAAUACCGUGGGUAGUUUUCAGUGUUAUUGUCGUCCGGGGUAUACAGGGGAACGGUGUAAUUUGGAUUUUGACGAGUGUUUGUCCAUGCCGUGUCAAAAUGAUGCUACUUGUUUAAAUAAAAUCAAUAACUAUGAAUGUGUGUGUCCACCGGGGUACGAAGGCAAGGAUUGCUCCUUUAACAUAAAUGAAUGCGAACCUAUGCCUUGCACGUCUGGGUCUACCUGCAUCGACGGGAUUAACCAGUUCACUUGUAUUUGUCUACCGGGACUCACUGGGAAGAUUUGUGAUAUUAACAUCGACGAUUGUGCGUCAUCGCCAUGUUUAAAUGGUGCCGAGUGCAUUGAUGGCCUGAAUAGCUACACCUGUAAUUGUACAGAUACGGGCUAUAUGGGAAUACACUGUGAGAUGAAUAUCGACGAUUGUGUGGGGAGUCCGUGUGAAAAUGGCGCCGACUGUGUGGAUCUUGUCAAGGAUUACCAGUGUACUUGUUAUCCAGGAUAUGCAGGCAAAAACUGCGAACAAGACAUCAACGAAUGCGACAGCAGCCCCUGCAAGUACAACGGCACCUGCCUCGAGCGCUCCAACACCACCCUCUACCAACCCGGCGUCACCGACCGCAACCUCCCCCACAUCUUCAGCACGCCGUUCACCUACGACUUAGCCUCCGGCUACGAGUGCCUCUGCGUCGAGGGCGUCACCGGCGAGAACUGCGAGAUCGACAUCAACGAGUGCGAGAGCUCCCCCUGCUUCCAAGGAACCUGCGUCGACAAAAUCGGCGGCUACCAGUGCGACUGCGACGAGGGCUUCGAGGGCGAGCGCUGCGACAUCGACAUCGACGAGUGCGAACGCUACCGCCCGUGCAUCCACGGCAAAUGCGUGGACAAACGAGCGUCGUACUACUGCGACUGCGACUCGAACUACGGCGGCAAGAACUGCUCGGUGGAGCUCACCGGCUGCGAGGACAACCCGUGCUUGAACAACGGCACGUGUAAGCCGUACUUAAUAAACGAGAACAUACACAGGUUCAACUGUUCGUGUCCUCACGGCUUCCACGGACACACGUGUGAGAAAAUAACGACGAUGUCGUUGAACGGGAAGUCGUUGAUUACGAUUAAUAAUACGGCGAGGGAGGAGGGGUAUGAUAUCCAGUUCCGGUUUAAGACGACUUUAGGGGAUGGGUUGUUGGCGUUAGGGAAGGGUUUGACGUACUACAUUCUCGAGUUGUCCAAAGGGAGGCUGAAUUUACACUCGAGUCUGUUGAAUAAGUGGGAGGGGGUGUUUAUAGGGUCGAACUUGAACGAUAGUAAUUGGCAGAGGGUUUUUGUCGCAAUUAACUCGACACACUUAGUUUUGUCGGCAAAUGACGAGCAAACUAUUUAUCCGAUUAGUUUCAACGAAAUUUCGAACGGUACGACGUACACCAGUUUCCCGGAGACGUACAUCGGGGGGUCCCCCAACAACCUGAAGAAGUUGACACAUGGGUCACCGUUAGUAGGUUGCGCUGAAGACAUACUAAUCAACGGGGAGUGGAUUUUGCCGCAGGAUCAAGACGUGAGUACCGUCAAAUACGAGCACGUCGAAGUAAGCUGUCAACGACAAGAGCAGUGUAAACCUAAUCCGUGCCACUCAGGGGGUCACUGCACGGAUUUGUGGCUAGAUUUUCGCUGCACUUGUGGCAGACCAUACCUAGGACACACCUGUCAAUACAAUUACACAGCUGCCACUUUCGGGUACGAAAAUAUAACCAAUUCGUUGGUUAUGGUUUAUGUUGACAGCGCCGCCAAGCGGGCCGUGCGUACAAUAGUCGAUAUAAGUAUGUUUAUUCGGACUAGGCAACCCGUCGGACAAAUUUUCUAUCUCGGGACUUCACCCAAAAGCAAAAAUCCGGCAGACGAGACUUAUAUUGCCGCAGAAUUGGGCAGUGGGGAGUUGUUGGUGAGGAUACAGUUCAAUGGGACACCUGAAGCGUAUACAGUGGGUGGGGUGAAGUUGGACAAUGGGUUUGAUCACUUAAUUGAGGUUAUCAGGAAUGUUACUUUGGUUCAAGUUAAAUUGAACGGGACGGAAUAUUUUCGGAAGACUAUAUCGGCUACAGGGACUCUGGAUGCUCAAGUUUUGUUUCUGGGAGGGCCGCCACAGACCAGACCAGUGCGACAAGCCAAUGAUAAUUUUGCUAAUAUUGACCCUAUUACUCCGACUACGUCUGCCGUUACGGCGACGUCGCAGAGUAAUGUUCACUUUAAGGGGAUUAUUCAGGAUGUGCAGAUAAACAACGGCUCCUCCACCAUGAUCGUCGAAUUCUUCCCCCUCCAAGCCGACGAGGUCGAAAUCCCGCCAUCCUUCGGCGAAGUCAUCUUCGACAAACAAACCGUCCUCGAGGGCGUCCGCUCCGACGACUCCUGCAAGAUCAACCCCUGCCUCCACAACGGCGUCUGCGAGAACACCUGGAACGACUACCGCUGCAUUUGCACGCGCGGCUUCAAGGGCAAAGACUGCUCCGACCUCGAAUUCUGCGAAAUCGAGAAGUGCCCGCCGAACUCGGUGUGUCGCAACCUGGAGGACGGCUCCGAGUGCGUCGCCAACGCCACCUUCGACGGAAAAACCGCUCCAUUACAGUACCACCGAGUCGUCUGGCCCAACUCCACCAAGUCCAUCACCUACGACACCAUAGAACUCACGUACCGCACCAGGUCCUGGGGGACGGUGUUCUUCGCGAAGUACGAGGACGACUACUUCGCGAUUUUCAUCUAUCACAACGAGGUGGUGGUGGAGUGGAGGAUUCGCAAGAGCGCGGAUAGCAGGAGGUUUAGGAGGGAUCAUUUCGAGGGGCAGUGGUUGACGUUGUGGUUUGAGUAUAAGAAUUCGGUGUUGAAGGGAGGGUUUAAGGAUAGGGUGAUGGAUGAGAGUCCGGAUGUGAAGGUGGUUAACUUUGAUAUUGAUGGGUUUACGGAGAUUUUGAAGAGUGGGAGGGUGUAUGUGGGGGGGAGCGAUGGGAUGUUUGAUUAUCAGGGGAUUAUUGAUAGUUCGGAUUCGAAUAUGACAGGGUAUAUUCCGGUGGGGGACACCACGACGACUGUGUCUAUUACGAGUAAUUCGUUGGAGGUUAGUGACGAGACGUCGGAUGUGCUUUUGCAUAAGGUUGACCAGAAUAAGAAGACUGACAGUUUUAAGGGAUGUUUAAACGAAAUCAGAAUCGGCGGCCUCUUGCUCCCGUUCUUCACAACCGACGAACUCUCGCUCAAAAACCACUACUUCGAGCUCGACUCCAGCAUAAAACCCGAAAUCGGCUGCAUCCUGUGCUACCCCAGCGACUGCUUCAACGACGGCGUCUGCAUCCACCCCAACGACACCUACAAGUGCAACUGCACCAAAGGCUACACCGCCGACGACUGCUCCGUAGACAUCAACGAAUGCGAGAACAACAAAUGCGAAAACAACGCCACGUGCAUCGACCUGAUUGGCGAAUACGAUUGCAAGUGCGAACCCGGAUUUGACGGAAUAUAUUGCGAACACGACAUCGACGAGUGUCUGAGUAACCCGUGCCGUCAUGGCGGGACUUGUAACAAUGGAAUCGGGACGUUUAAGUGUGAGUGUCCCGAAGGGUACGCCGGAAAGCAGUGUGAAGCCCCGAUUCUCAUCACCUGUGACAACAAACCGUGCAAAGAGGGCGCCACUUGUUUGACUGGACCCAAUGAAACGACCGGGAAUAACUUCACAUGUUUCUGCACCGACGGUAUGGAGGGUCCACUUUGCGAUACGCCAUUUUGUUUACGUCAGCACUGCGAACACGGCAGUUGCAAUACAACCAAUGAAAAGCCGUAUUGUCACUGCGUGAGGGGCUACGACGGGAAAUUCUGUGAGAGGGACAUCGACGAUUGCGAUACACCGACCGGAAACCCGUGCCAGAACGGCGGGGUUUGCAUGGACGGGAUCAACCGGUACGACUGCAACUGCAGCGGUACCGGGUACUACGGUCUCCUGUGUGAGAUGGACAUCAACGAGUGUCAGAAUAGCGAAAACCCGUGCGGUUCCCAAGGGAAGUGCGAAAAUCUGCCUGGAACGUACCGGUGUUCAUGCGACGAUAAAAAUAAGUGUGGGCACUUUUGCGAGCUGGACAACCCUUGCGAGCACGUCAAGCCAUGCGUGGAGGGGGUUUGUGUCCCGUUGUGCACGGACAAGGCGGAUUAUAUUUGUCAGUGUAAGGAUAAUUACACUGGGAAGAAUUGCAACGAGUAUAAGGUCAGUGGUGCACAGAGGUCCGAACAUUGUCUACAACUUGGUUUUCAGGUGGCCGCUAGUCAGAUGGACCACGUCAACGUUCUCUACAUCGUGAUACCAAUCGUUUUGAUUUUAAGCGUCGGUAUCGCGAUAGGUUUGGCCGUUUUGGUCAACAUAGCGCGGAGUAAACGUGCCACCAGAGGCACGUACAGUCCGAGUGCUCAGGAAUUUUGCAACCCUCGAGUGGAAUUGGACCACGUGUUGAAACCGCCACCUGAAGAAAGGCUCAUCUAAGAUAAGCUCAGUAAUUGUGAUUUUUUACCUUUGUUUUUUUUUAAGGCAAGUUUCGAUUUUUUACGUCGUUACGUUCCACUUUGUUGUACCAUCGUGUAAGUUUUAAAGUAUUAGUAAGUAGUGGCACUAAGUACUUAAUUUAGUAUUUAUUAAUGUAGAUAAUUUGUUGUUCACUCGUUUAACAAUUAAUACUCUUUUAAAUGAUUCAUGACGACGCCGCGUUUCUAAUAACUAAGGGACCAGAGUGCUUGGAAACGACUGUAUAUCACCGCAAUAAGACCGUAACCGUCCAAUUUAGUUUGUGAUAAAUCAGUAAUGUAUUUAUUAGAAACUAGUAGAACAAGGAUAAGAAAUUGUAGACCAAAGUUUGUAUAUAUUUUUUUAUCUAUAUAGUUUUUCUACAUUUUAUUUGGUGUACUCUUAAGAAGUAUUGACAGCUCGAAUUUGUAAUUAUUUGUAACGCUAAAUGAAUAAAAUUCGAAUAAUUUUUAA